CAUAUCAAAAUCACUGAUCGCAGGCAAGUUCUUCUAGCAUCUGAAAUUAUGGUGUGCAUAGGUAUACUCCUGAGCUUCCAGAUAUUGGUCCCUUAUUCAGUGCCUCAAUAUGUUGGCUCAGCACUUAUUACCUUUGUGGCCGCUGAAGUCCUUGAAGGUGUGAAUUUAUCGCUUCUGUCUCGGGUCAUGUCAUCGAGGCUUUCACGUGGAACCUACAAUGGUGGACUACUUUCAACAGAAGCUGGAACCCUGGCUCGAGUAAUUGCAGAUGGAACAAUAACACUAUCUGGUUACUUGGGUGAGAGUAGGCUGUUGAAUGUAACCUUAAUUCCUUCACUCUUCAUAUGUAUCUCCUCCAUUGUUGCUACCUGCUUUACCUACAACUCUCUCUACUAAUUGGUUACCUUACUCUAAUCUACAAAAUAUUGUACAGCUUAAAUGAACUUACUUACUCCCGUAUCAUGUGACAAAUAUAAUCUCUGAUCAAUCAAUGAUGAUAUCUACUUUAUCUCUC